GCGCGUGCGGUGCCGGGAGCAGUGAAUUUCAGUUCUUUUAGUGAGAAGCAAGAAUAUCUCACAGAUCUUCAAAGCAAACACUCUGAUGUCAGGGUGUGCUGGUUGGGCUGUGAAUGUGUGAUUCAGAUUUCAGUGACUGUGUCCAAAUCACGUGGCUUCUUCAGCUUCCUCUCCUAUUUCCUGAGACACAGGAACUUGGGCUCGGGCAGUGCUGGCUGUGCCCUCCUGAGCGCCCCCAGGGCAGCGGCCAUGAUCGCCUUCAUGAACAACUCGGACAGCGAGGAGGAGCCCUGCAAUGAGCGAACGUCCCUCAUGUCUGCCGAGAGCCCUCCGGUCCCCUCCUACCAGGACGGCCUGCCGGCCUCAGGGGCAGGGGAAGCACAGGCACACAGGAAGAGGCGAGCAGGCAGCAGCCGUGGCCCAAACAACAUCGCCGGUGGAGAAGUGUCUGGCUCGGAUGUUCCAGUGAGAGAAAGCAUCCUGGAAAAUGAAGAAGAGGAACUGACUCUGAAAUAUGGAGCAAAGCAUGUAAUCAUGCUCUUUGUGCCUGUCACCCUGUGCAUGAUUGUUGUCGUCGCCACCAUCAAGUCAGUGCGCUUCUAUACGGAGAAAAACGGGCAGCUGAUCUACACCCCUUUCAGUGAGGACACCCCAUCUGUGGGGCAGCGUCUCUUGAACUCGGUGUUGAACACCCUUGUAAUGAUCAGUGUCAUCAUUGUCAUGACUGUGUUCCUGGUGCUGCUCUAUAAAUAUCGCUGCUACAAGUUCAUCCAUGGCUGGCUGAUCCUGUCCUCCCUGAUGCUGCUCUUCCUCUUUACCUACAUUUACCUGGGGGAAGUAUUGAAGACUUACAACGUGGCCAUGGAUUACCCCACUUUGUUCAUAGUCAUCUGGAAUUUUGGAGCUGUUGGAAUGAUUUGCAUCCACUGGAAAGGUCCCUUGCAGCUCCAGCAAGCUUAUCUCAUUAUGAUCAGUGCUCUGAUGGCAUUGGUGUUCAUUAAAUAUCUACCUGAGUGGUCAGCAUGGGUGAUCCUAGGUGCAAUCUCCAUCUAUGAUCUGAUGGCUGUUCUCUGUCCCAAGGGGCCACUGAGAAUGUUGGUAGAAACUGCACAGGAGAGAAAUGAGCCCAUUUUCCCUGCAUUAAUAUAUUCCUCUGCUAUGAUGUGGACAGUUGGAAUGGCAAAGCCAGACACAGCAGCAAGAGGAGCAAGUCAGCAGACAUGGGAUGCAGCUGAGGAUGGCAGAGAACAGCUCAGGAGCCCCUCUCAUGCAGAGUCUCAGAUGUCAGAGACAAGAGGUCCUGCUCCAACCCGCCCUGUCACUUUAGAGGAGCUCGAGGAGGAGGAAAGGGGUGUGAAGCUGGGCCUUGGAGACUUCAUAUUUUACAGCGUGCUUGUUGGGAAAGCAGCUGCCACAGCUAGUGGGGACUGGAAUACCACACUGGCCUGCUUUGUAGCCAUUCUCAUAGGUUUAUGCCUAACACUUUUACUACUGGCUGUUUUUAAGAAAGCACUGCCUGCUCUCCCCAUCUCCAUCACCUUUGGCUUGAUCUUCUACUUCUCAACAGACAACCUCGUGCGACCCUUCAUGGACACCCUGGCCUCCCACCAGCUGUACAUUUAGAAGAAGUGAGAGUUAGAGGAUUCUUUUUCAAGCUUUGCUGUGAAGUAUGGUACAAUGUUUGGAAUAGGUCAUAAAGUUUUUACACUUAGUGCCAUAUAUUUGUAAGGAAAACACUAAUUCCUUGAUAUGCCGUGUACUAAAAAUCCAAUAGUUACAUGUUGAACUGAGAUUUUUCACAGGACUCUUGGUGAAAAG